AUGGCACAAUCAUCGGCACUUUCAAACUCACAAUUGAUGUCAUCGGAGUUGAUAAUCAUUGCAAAGAGUACCGAUAAGUCUGUUAUAAAGGAACAUCUAAAGAAGUAUUCAUUAUCACUAAAGAAUCUUCAUGAUCAAACACUCAUACAUAUCGCCUCAAUGCAUGGCAAUGUCGAAGUGGUCAAACAAUGUCUAAAGAAGAAGUAUGUCAAUAUGGAUGAGGUCAAACCAUUGGCAUUGAAGGACAAGGAGGGAUAUACUGCUAUACAUUGUGCAAUCAAUCAGGGUCACUUUGAUAUUGCCGAUAGAUUGUUGUCAAAGGGUUCCGACCCAAAUGCAAGGACUCUGAGUGGAUCAACUCCAUUGCAUCUAUUGGCCAAAUACAGUCAUCAUCCAAAGGCUUGCAAACUGGCACAACAACUAAUUGAUGCCGGUGCCUUUGUAAACCAUAAGGAUUCAAAGUUUGACACGCCACUUCACAGGGCCACUGUCCAAGGGAGUACAAUCACAGACCUUAUCAAGCUAUUCUUGGACAGAGGAGCGAAUCCAAACAUUGUCAACAAACGAGGAAAGACAUGUAUACACUUUGCGAUUGAAGAUGGUAGGACAGACUUGUUGGAGUUGUUCUUGGAGUAUGGCGCGAUAUUUACAAAGAGUUUGAGCGCGGUGACUCAAUCAGCGAUGGACUUUGCAAAGGAAUCAAAGAAUCCAAACAUUAUACAAUUCUUUAAUGAGCGAAUAGCAACAUGUGGCGAGUAUAUACUGUACAAUGAGAAGACACAAUGUUACAUUGGCAAGAUGGUACCGACGUUCCAACAGACGGGCGAUCAAUUCUUUGUCAACCAGACCGUCCAGCUGAUACCCGGCCGUCUAUUCAUCACUAACUACCGCGUUGUCUUCCGUCUCGACACGUCGACCUCGCGACCAAACCGCGACGAGUACUCUGCGCGCUGGCCAUUCGGCGAGGAGGAGGAGCUGACCAUCCCCCUGCUCUCAAUCGACUCUUUCUCAAUCGACUCGACUCAAUCCCAAGGUAGUGGCGGCAACAGCAGUGGCAGUGGAAGUGGCGGCAACAGCAACAGUGGCGCAACAAAUGGACAGGGCGCCAACAACAUACUUGGCCAACAACUGAUUGGCUCCAACAAUUAUUACACACUCACGAUCAUUUCAAAGGACUACAAGCACUGUCGCAUCUAUUUCACGUCACAGAUGUCUCGCGAGCGCACCAUCGAGAUCAUCACAUUCCACUCGCGAACCAAGAUCGAGCGCAUUCUCAAACAGAUCGAGUUGAACCAGCAGCUUCAACUACAGGUGGUCAAGGACAACAUUCACCUGCAAGAGGACGAUCGCAUUGAACACAUCGAUCGUUUUGAAUGUUAUGGCGUGUUCGAGGAGCCCCUUCCAUAUCUGUUUGCGCACUUUGUUAAUCGACCCGCCAUUACAGCUGACGAGGACGGCUGGCUGGUGUACUCCCAGCGCAAGGAGUACGCGCGACUGGGUGUCGUGGAGACGGACAGCGCGUGUGGCUGGCGCUUCAGCACACUCAACAAGGAUUUCAAGAUGUGCUCGACCUACCCCACGUCGGUGGUCGUGCCACGCAGCGUCUCGGACAAGGACUUGGAGAAGGUGUUUGGAUAUCGUAGCAGGGGUCGCAUACCCAUCCUUUCAUGGCGAUCAUCGACUGGCGCUUCCAUCACGAGAUGCAGUCAACCUCUUGUGGGCAUCGAGCGUUCACGCUGUCCCGAGGACGAGCACUAUCUCGAAGCCCUGGCGGGCCAGCGUGGCCUGUACUUGUUGGAUGCGCGACCAAAGCUUAACGCCAUUGCCAACACGGCAAAUGGUGCAGGCUUUGAGAACAUCUCCAACUACCACAACUGCAAGUUGGUGUUCAUGAACAUCGCCAACAUCCAUGUUAUGCGCCGCAGUCUCGAGAAGCUUGUGUCCACCCUGUCACCAUUCGCCAGCGAGCAGGCUGACAGCAAAUACUGGGCGGCAUACGAGGAGAGUGGCUGGAUGUCGCACGUGCGUGGCUGUCUGGCCAGCGCGGUGUAUGCCGCCGAGUUGAUCCAGCGCAACAUCAACGUGCUGGUGCACUGCAGUGAUGGAUGGGAUCGCACGCCCCAGAUCACCUCGCUCACACAGAUCAUCCUAGACCCAUACUAUCGUACGAUCUUGGGCCUGCAGGUGCUGGUCGAGAAGGAGUGGCUGUCAUUUGGACACAAGUUUGCUCUGCGUCUAGGCCAUCGCAUCAGUGAGGCAGAGGACGAGCGAUCACCCAUAUUCAUACAGUUCCUGGAUGCACUCUUCCAGAUCGUCAAUCAGUAUCCAAUGAUGUUUGAGUACACGCCAAGCCUACUCCUCUUCAUGGCCGAGCACUUGUUCUCAUGCAAGUACGGCACAUUCCUUCACAACUGUGAGAAGGAGCGCAUCGAUAGCCAGGCCAAGACCAAGACCAUCUCGAUCUGGACCGAUGUCAACAACAACAGACGUCGCUACACCAACCCAUUCUACCAGCCUGCCAUGAUGGACCGUGUUCCCAUCCGUCCCAACCUCAAUCUGCGGUCACUCGAGGUGUGGAAGGCACUGUACAUGCGCACGGAUACCCAAAACACCUGGCAACAUAACACCUGGAUGGUCCAAAGUCAUCAGCUCGUCACUGGCAUGUCAUCGCCCGACCUCGUCGCCUAUCCACUUGGCAACAGUACCAGCAGUAUUGGAAACAGCAGUGGCGGCAAUAGUAUUGGAAUCAAUGGUAGUAGCAACAGCAUUGGCAACAGCAGCAGCAGUACAGGUCUAGGUGGAAGUGCGAGUAGUGUCGGCAGCAUCAACAUCAGCGUCAGCAACAGCAGCAGUCCAGUCCCACCACCCAAGCCAAACAACCUAGUCAGCAACAACAACAAUGAACUAAAGAAGCCACCAUCACGUCAUAAGAAGUCACAUUCAAACAACUCAUCGUUUGAUCACAAGGCAGUGGUGGCACUCAACUUUAAUGGAACGAUCAACAGCAAUAUGCUCACGAGAUCAGAGAGCGCUGCCGUAGUCCAACAAGAAGCAUCACCAGAUUCAUCAUUCGUCAAGAGUUCAGCCACUGGACAAGGCAAUUCAGAGCAAGACAAGACACCACGUCAGAUGAUGGGUUCUCAUCGAUGA